UUUACUCAAUUUGACAGAAGAACAAAUUCACAACUUCAGAAGACCAUUUGAAAGAAAAAAAUGGAAGCCCCAGCCAAAGCUACAUAUCAAAAACAGAAGCGUAGCGUGUACAACCGCCAGGCGUAUUGUCUCAAGUAGCGAAGACAGUUAUGAAGGAGAUACUGUUGAUGAAACUGGCUCUGAUAGAAGUGAUAGUGCUGACAGCAAUACUAAGCAACAGCUGCGUCAUAGGAGGAGGAGGUCAGAAGACAGUGCUGAUGAAACCGACUCUGAUGAUAAUAGUGCUGACGGCAAUACCAAGCAACAGCUGCGUCAUAGGAGGAGGAAGUCAAAAGACAGUGCUGAUGAAACCGACUCUGAUGAUAAUAGUGCUGACGGCAAUACCAAGCAACAGCUGUGUCAUAAGAGGAGGAAGUCAGAAGAGAGUGAUGAUGAGAAGAGUGUUCAUGAAACUGACUCUAAUAGAAGCACUACUGUUACUGGCAACACUAUAAAACGUUUACGUAGUGAUUGGAAAUCGUCAGAUGACGUCAGUGAAAAGAAUAGUGACCAUGAAUCAGACUCUGAUAGACGCUCUGCUGCUGCCAUUAAUAAGCAACAGCUGCAGUAUAAGAGAAAAAUGUCAAAGGGGAUAGAGAAUGAGUCUGUGAGCUCAGGCAGACAUAGCACGAGGCAACAAAGAAGAGGUAAAUCCAGGAAACGCUUUAAAAGUUCAAAUAAUGGUCAAGUAAAGGCAUCCACUAGUGAUGGUAGAGCACAUAAACAGAGCUUUUCUCCAGAAUUGGAAGAAAAUUUUAAGGGACGGAAGAGAUCAAGAAUUACUCAUUCUCAAUUACCGCAAGAUAUCAAGAAGAAACUAUUUCAAAAGAGGAGGUUAUAUAAUCAAUAUGAAAUGGCAAAAUUAUCACCUAAAACUCCAUUCAAUAAUGUUAAUAGGUUUAGACAAUAUUUCCAACAUAAACAAGAAGGACACAAUACAAUACAUACAAAUCUUGAUGAGAAACAAGAGAAAAACACAAAAAUAAAUAACCAAGCUGAAGGUGAGAGUAGCAGUAAAAAAAAACAUGGCAAACAAAAAAAGAUAAAAAACAAAAAUGAGAACAAUGAAGAGAUGCCGUGGGUUGAACCCGAGACCGUCCCCGAGGAGCAGAACGCUUCCACUCAACACUCUAACUCAAGACCUGGUGGACACUCUAACACUAAAAAAAAAUCUGACAAAACUUGUCAUGAAAGGAAUGAUGUGGUGGGUGGAGGUAGUAAACAAGUUGAAUCAAGUACUGUAAAUGUGGGUGGUAGUGUAAAUGGUGGGAUGAACGAUACUGUAAGUGAUGAGGUGAGUGGUACUGUAAAUGAUGAGGUGGAUGAUACUGUAAAUGAUGAGGUAGGUGGAACUGAGAUAGAUGAGGUGGGUGGAACUGUAAAUGAUGAGGUGGGUGAAACUGUAAAUGAUGAGGUGAGUGGAACUGUAAAUGAUGAGGUGAGUGGUACUGUAAAUGAUGAAGUGGGUGGAACUGUAAAUGAUGAGGUGAGUGGAACUGUAAAUGAUGAGGUGAGUGGUACUGUAAAUGAUGAAGUGGGUGGAACUGUAAAUGAUGAGGUAGGUGGAACUGAGAUAGAUGAGGUGGGUGGUACUGUAAAUGAUGAGGUAAGUGAUACUGUAAAUGAUGAGAUGGGUGGAACUGAGAGAGAUAAGGUGGGUGAUACUGUAAAUGAUGAGGUGGGUGAUACUGUAAAUGAUGAGGUGGGUGAUACUGUAAAUGAUGAGGUGGGUGGUACUGUAAAUGAUGAGGUGGGUGAUACUGUAAAUGAUGAGGUGGGUGAUACUGUAAAUGAUGAGGUGGGUGGUACUGUAAAUGAUGAGAUGGGUGGAACUGAGAGAGAUAAGGUGGGUGAUACUGUAUAUGAUGAGGUAGGUGAUACUGUAAAUAAUGAGGUGGGUGGAACUGAGAGAGAUAAGGUGGGUGGAACUGAGAGAGAUAAGAUGGGUGGAACUGAGAGAGAUAAGGUGGGUGAUACUGUAAAUGAUGAGGUAGGUGAUACUGUAAAUAAUGAGGUGGGUGGAACUGAGAAAGAUAAGGUGGGUGGUACUGUAAAUGAAGUACAUGGCAAAAGUAUUAUUACGAGUAAACACAGUGAACCAAGCACAGUAAAUGUAGCAGAUACACUUGGACGUAAUCUGUCGGGCAGUGAAUGCUCGACCAGUCCUAGAGGUAAUAUUAUAUCAAAGAAUAAGAGUGACGAAUCACUUUCUCAUUUAAAUCUAACUCCUGCAUCAGAUGCACACAAAAUAAUGCCCCUUGACAGAGGUGUCCAAAUGAAGAAUAAACAUUCAAUUCUUAACCGGGGAAACAUGUCACUUAGUGAUAUUACUGUUAAGGGGGAAAGAAACUCCCAGAUCAUGAAAAAAAGUACAAAUUCAGAGAUAAAAUCAAGUAAAAUGAGGCAUCGAUUAGUGUCUCCAAAUAGAAGGAUUACGAGACAGUCUUCUGACAGCUGUAUUAGACGCAAACUGAGGAAGAUGGUUAUUCAUAGAAAAAGUCAAGUGUUUGGCAAACAAAAAUGAAUAAUAGUUUUCCACAGCCAUACUGUAUAACCUUGAUUUAAAACUGAAAUGCAAGAUUUACAUUUAUUUUUAUUAGUAGCUUUUAUACCAUAUAAAAAUACCUGAAUGAAUGCUGUCGGAAUAUAAUUUGUACAUGCUGUAUUGCUUUUAUAACUUGGAUGUAUUUUAGUCUCUAUGAAAAUAUAUCUACAUUGUUUAUAGUACAUUUUAAAAUUUAAAUUUGUGGGUAGAGGUAAUGUUGGCAAGGUGAGCCACUGAGAGCUGUGAUGCAAGCUGUGGUGAAUGCUUGAGUAGGAUAAUAAGCAUCUUGUAGGAGUAAUACAAGAUGUUUGUUGCUGGCGAUGGUGACCAAGCAAUGGCUUAACAAAUAAUGUGUUUAAUUUUAAGAGACGAACAAAAAACCGUAUAUCCACAUUGAAGGCUAUAUGAUGUGCAUGUUAAUAAUAUGAGCUUGCAUACAAUUCCACAAACUGUGUACUGUGGUAUUUUGUAUAAUGCACAUCUGUACUGUACAUUAGUUUAUUCACCUGUUCAUCUAUUUUUCAUUCACUGCUAAAUCACAUUCUUCCUUGUACCCAUAAAUUCCAAUUAUUUCAUCUAUCAAUGUAAAAAAAAAAAAUUGAAAUUUUAUUUUAAUUUUUAUUAUUUUUUAUUUUUUGAGGGAUCCAGUUAAGUAUCUCACUAAACAACUGUUGAUCUGUUGUUAUAUGGUCAAUCUCUUAACAUUUCCUUUACUUGGGGAGGUCAUUCCUCAGAUGUUUUCAAGUCAGUCAUUUAUGCCGGAGUUUCCUUGAUGAAGGCUUCACCAUUCAAGCUGCUGAUGGUUGUUUCCUUUUAUUAUCUAGCUUUGAAUGAUUUACAUGAGAGUGGUAAAGGCACAGUGUUGUUCUUCCAUAGAGAUCCAUCCUUGUGCUGCUGCUGCCUACAGAUCUCUAGCUCAGGGAGUCUGGUCUCCUGGCGUGACACUGUGUAUCUUGAUGUAAAUAUGAGUAUGCACAAAUCUGCAUUUUUCUUGUUUCACGUUAUUUUUUCUAUCUAGCUGGUUUAAGCGUAUAUUUCCUUAUUACUGUAUACUGUACUGCUGUUACUCACUAUAAGCCAUCACAAAGUCAAAUUCAUGUUUCACAUCAUCUUUUCUUUUAUAUCAAAUUGUUUGUAUUGGUGGUUACAAUUUGUGUGUGCGUGUCCAAGUAGUAUUUUUGGUUCCUACCUUCAGCUUUGUUAACACCUCCAUCUCUACACGUAGGGUUUUGAUAGCUUCUUCCAAAUUGGCACUUCCUUUCCUCGAGGAGAAGCAGCCUAAUGCAUGACAAAUAUUUUCGAGCAUUAGGACGUGAUGGCCCUAAAACAUUUGCUGAAAAUGUUCCCAUAUGUUUGGUUAACUCUAGAGUGAGACAUUUGUUGAUUACAUUUAGAAACUGAAAAGAAUUACAAUUUUGAUGUUUGUCUAAGCAUGAAAACACAAAGCUGCAAGUGAAAAUAACAAAUUAAAAAAGAAUUCAACUGGUUAUUGAGAGAUGUAAGAGAUGAGCACAGUGGCACAGUGUGUGGGGCCCAAGAGGUCAGUAGUAGAGUGACAACAUGGCAGUCAUGUGGGAAGUUCUGCCACCAGUGCCCGUCCUCAACAAACUGUAUGCUAAUUACAGCUGUUACUACCAUUCAACUCUAAUUUUCAAAUUACUAUAAUGGGAAAACAUUUUCAAUUAAAAUAUAUAAUUUAAAGUAGCCGGUAGACAUUUAAUAUUGUUUAAUAUUGUUUGCUCACAAGUUUAGACCAAGCUUGUGUAAUAUUGAAGCUUAUACUGUACCUGUCAGUUACUAUUAGCACUCAUCUAUCCCCAGCAGGGAGGAUACUUUAAUUUUUACUUAUUACUUUUAUUGGAUAUUUGCAGUACAGUCUAGUAUUUUAUGUUUUGUGUGUGAAUUAUUUCUAUUCAAAGUGCCUGCCAUAGUUUAGAUUAUACAGUAGUGUAUUUAGUAAACCACAACUUAUUGAUCUUUUUAUUGUGGAAGCAGAGCCUGUAAAUAUAUCUUCCUAAUUUUA